GGAUGCGGGGCCAGGAGGCCCGCGCCCCCCUUGCAACACAGCUUCCGUUGCUGCUGCUGCUGCUGCUGCCGCCGCUACUGGGCGACCAAGUGGGGCCCUGCCGCUCCCUGGGACCCGGGGCCGCGGGCUCCCCUGGGGCCUGCUCCCCGGUGGGCUGGCUCUGUCCAGCCUCGGCUGCCAACCUCUGGCUCUACACCAGCCGCUGCAGGGAUGCGGGCGUUGAGCUGACCGGCCACCUGGUACCCCACCACGAUGGUCUGAGGGUUUGGUGUCCAGAAUCGGGGGACCACAUCCCCCUGCCGCCAGCCCCCGAAGGCUGCCCCUGGAGCUGUCGCCUUCUGGGGAUCGGAGGCCACCUCUCCCCACAGGGCAGGCUCAUCUUGCCUCAGGAACAGCCCUGCUUAAAGGCCCCCCGGCUGAGAUGCCAGUCAUGCAAACUGGUGCCCACCCCAGGGCUCAGGACAGGGGAAAGGGCAGCAGAAGAGUCUUUGGGGGGGCGGCGGAAGAGGAACGUGAACACAGCCCCUCAGUUCCAGCCCCCCAGCUACCAGGCCACAGUACCAGAGAACCAGCCAGCAGGCACUCCUGUGGCGUCCCUGCGGGCCAUCGACCCGGAUGAGGGUGAGGCAGGCCGACUGGAGUACACCAUGGAUGCCCUCUUCGACAGCCGCUCCAAUCACUUCUUCUCUUUGGACCCUGUCACUGGUGCUGUCACCACCGCGGAGGAGCUGGACCGGGAGACCAAGAGUACCCAUGUAUUCAGGGUGACAGCACAGGAUCAUGGCAUGCCCCGUCGCAGUGCCCUGGCCACACUCACCAUCCUGGUGACAGACACCAAUGACCACGACCCAGUUUUCGAGCAGCAAGAGUACAAAGAAAGCCUUAGGGAGAACCUGGAGGUGGGGUACGAGGUGCUCACUGUCAGGGCCACAGAUGGUGACGCCCCUCCCAAUGCCAAUAUCCUGUACCGCCUGCUGGAAGGGCCUGGGGGUGGUCCUUCCGAAGUCUUUGAGAUUGAUCCUCGCUCUGGGGUGAUCCGUACUCGUGGCCCCGUGGAUCGGGAGGAGGUGGAGUCCUACCAGUUGACGGUGGAAGCAAGUGACCAAGGCCGGGAUCCUGGUCCCCGUAGUGCCACUGCUGCAGUCUUCCUGUCUGUGGAGGACGACAAUGACAAUGCCCCCCAGUUUAGUGAGAAGCGCUAUGUGGUCCAGGUGAGGGAGGACGUGACCCCAGGGGCGCCAGUCCUCCGAGUCACCGCCUCAGAUAGAGACAAAGGUAGCAAUGCCCUGGUCCACUAUAGCAUCAUGAGUGGCAAUGCACGGGGACAGUUCUACCUGGAUGCCCAAACAGGGGCUCUGGAUGUGGUGAGCCCUCUUGACUAUGAGACGACCAAGGAGUACACCCUCCGAGUUAGGGCACAGGAUGGCGGCCGCCCCCCUCUCUCCAAUGUCUCUGGCUUGGUGACGGUGCAAGUCUUGGAUAUCAACGACAAUGCGCCCAUCUUUGUCAGCACCCCCUUCCAGGCAACUGUCCUGGAGAGCGUCCCCUUGGGCUACCUGGUCCUCCAUGUCCAGGCCAUUGACGCUGAUGCUGGUGACAAUGCCCGCCUGGAAUACCGCCUGGCUGGGGUGGGGCAUGACUUCCCCUUCACCAUCAACAACGGAACUGGCUGGAUCUCUGUGGCUGCAGAGCUGGACCGGGAGGAGGUGGACUUCUACAGCUUUGGGGUGGAAGCUCGAGACCAUGGGAGUCCGGCCCUGACCGCCUCGGCCAGCGUUAGUGUCACCAUCCUGGAUGUCAAUGACAACAACCCAACCUUCACCCAGCCUGAGUACACGGUGCGGCUCAAUGAGGACGCGUCUGUGGGGACCAGUGUGGUGACCGUGUCUGCUGUGGACCGAGAUGCCCACAGUGUUAUCACCUACCAGAUCACCAGCGGCAACACUCGUAACCGCUUCUCUAUCACCAGCCAGAGCGGCGGGGGGCUGGUGUCCCUCGCCCUACCCUUGGACUACAAACUGGAGCGGCAGUACGUGCUGGCUGUCACAGCAUCUGAUGGCACUCGGCAGGACACAGCCCAGGUAGUGGUGAAUGUCACGGACGCCAACACCCACCGCCCUGUCUUCCAGAGCUCCCACUAUACAGUGAAUGUGAACGAAGACCGGCCAGCGGGCACCACGGUGGUGCUCAUCAGUGCCACUGAUGAGGAUACAGGUGAGAAUGCCCGCAUCACCUACUUCAUGGAGGACAGCAUCCCCCAGUUCCGAAUUGACGCUGAUACAGGGGCCGUCACUACCCAAGCCGAGCUGGACUACGAGGACCAGGUCUCCUACACAUUGGCCAUCACUGCCCGGGACAAUGGCAUCCCCCAAAAGUCUGACACCACAUACCUGGAGAUCCUGGUGAAUGAUGUGAAUGACAAUGCCCCCCAGUUCCUUCGGGACUCCUACCAGGGCAGCAUCUAUGAGGACGUACCCCCCUUCACCAGUGUCCUGCAGAUCUCUGCCACAGACCGUGACUCCGGCCUGAAUGGCAGGGUCUUUUACACCUUCCAAGGGGGCAACGAUGGGGAUGGUGACUUCAUUGUGGAGUCUACAUCGGGCAUUGUGCGGACACUGAGGAGGCUGGACAGAGAGAACGUGGCCCAGUACGUCCUGCAGGCUUACGCUGUUGACAAGGGGAUGCCACCAACCCGCACACCCAUGGAAGUGACGGUCACCGUGCUAGAUGUGAAUGACAACCCUCCUGUCUUUGAACAGGAUGAGUUUGAUGUGUUUGUGGAAGAGAACAGCCCCAUUGGGCUGGCUGUAGCCCGGGUCACAGCCACGGACCCCGACGAGGGCACCAAUGCCCAGAUCAUGUACCAGAUUGUGGAGGGCAACAUCCCUGAGGUCUUUCAGCUAGACAUCUUCUCUGGGGAGCUGACCGCCCUGGUAGACUUGGACUAUGAGGACCGGCCCGAAUACGUCCUGGUCAUCCAGGCUACAUCUGCCCCUCUGGUGAGCCGGGCCACAGUUCACGUCCGUCUGCUUGACCGCAAUGACAACCCCCCGGUGCUGGGUAACUUUGAGAUCCUCUUCAACAACUAUGUCACCAACCGCUCCAGCAGCUUCCCUGGGGGUGCCAUCGGCCGAGUGCCCGCCCACGACCCGGAUGUCUCAGACAGCCUGACCUACAGCUUUGAGCGGGGUAAUGAGCUCAGCCUAGUCCUGCUCAACGCCUCCACGGGCGAACUGAGGCUGAGCCGAGCGCUGGACAACAACCGACCUCUGGAGGCCAUCAUGAGUGUGCUGGUGUCAGACGGCGUGCACAGCGUGACCGCGCAGUGCGCGCUGCGUGUCACCAUCAUCACGGACGAGAUGCUGACGCACAGCAUCACGUUGCGCCUGGAGGACAUGUCGCCCGAGCGCUUCCUGUCGCCGCUGCUGGGCCUCUUCAUCCAGGCGGUGGCCGCCACGCUGGCCACGCCCCCCGACCACGUGGUGGUCUUCAACGUGCAGCGCGACACGGACGCGCCGGGCGGCCGCAUCCUCAACGUGAGCCUGUCGGUGGGGCAGCCGCCGGGUCCCGGGGGCGGGCCGCCCUUCCUGCCGUCCGAGGACCUGCAGGAGCGCCUGUACCUCAACCGCAGCCUGCUGGCCGCCAUCUCGGCGCAGCGCGUGCUGCCCUUCGACGACAACAUCUGCCUGCGCGAGCCCUGCGAGAACUACAUGCGCUGCGUGUCGGUGCUGCGCUUCGACUCCUCGGCGCCCUUCAUCGCCUCGUCCUCCGUGCUCUUCCGGCCCAUCCACCCCGUCGGGGGCCUGCGCUGCCGCUGCCCGCCCGGCUUCACCGGCGACUACUGCGAGACGGAGGUGGACCUGUGCUACUCGCGGCCCUGCGGCCCCCACGGGCGCUGCCGCAGCCGCGAGGGCGGCUACACCUGCCUGUGCCGCGACGGCUACACGGGUGAGCACUGUGAGGUGAGCGCUCGCUCAGGCCGUUGCACCCCAGGUGUCUGCAAGAACGGUGGCACCUGCGUCAACCUGCUGGUGGGUGGCUUCAAGUGUGACUGCCCGUCAGGAGACUUGGAGAAGCCCUACUGCCGAGUGACCACGCGAAGCUUCCCAGCCCGCUCCUUCAUCACCUUCCGAGGUCUGCGCCAGCGCUUCCAUUUCACCUUGGCCCUCUCGUUUGCUACCAAGGAGCGUGAUGGUCUACUGCUGUAUAACGGGCGCUUCAACGAGAAGCAUGACUUUGUGGCCCUCGAGGUCAUCCAGGAGCAGGUGCAGCUCACCUUCUCUGCAGGGGAGUCAACCACCACAGUGUCCCCAUUUGUGCCAGGCGGUGUCAGUGAUGGCCAGUGGCACACGGUGCGGCUGAAGUACUACAACCAGCCGCUGCUGGGUCAGACUGGGCUCCCACAGGGCCCCUCUGAGCAGAAGGUGGCCGUGGUGAGCGUGGAUGGCUGUGACACAGGGGUGGCCCUGCGCUUUGGAGCUGUGCUGGGCAACUACUCCUGUGCUGCCCAGGGAACCCAGGGGGGCAGCAAGAAGUCUCUGGACCUCACGGGGCCCUUGCUGCUGGGCGGGGUGCCCGACCUGCCUGAGAGCUUCCCGGUCCGCACUCGGCACUUCGUGGGCUGCAUGAGAAACCUGCAGGUGGACAGCCGGCACGUGGACAUGGCCGACUUCAUCGCCAACAAUGGCACCGUGCCGGGCUGCCCGGCCAAGAAGAAUGUGUGUGACAGCAACACUUGCCACAAUGGAGGGACCUGUGUCAACCAGUGGGAUGCUUUCAGCUGCGAGUGCCCCCUGGGCUUUGGAGGCAAGAGCUGUGCUCAGGAAAUGGCCAACCCGCAGCGCUUCCUGGGCAGUAGUUUGGUGGCCUGGCAUGGCCUCUCACUGCCCAUCUCCCAGCCCUGGCACCUCAGCCUCAUGUUCCGUACACGCCAGACCGACGGCAUCCUGCUGCAGGCUGUCACCAGGGGGCGCAGCACCAUAACCCUGCAGCUGCGGGCAGGACACGUGGUGCUGAGCGUGGAGGGCACAGGGCUCCAGGCCUCUUCUCUGCGACUGGAGCCAGGCCGGGCCAAUGAUGGUGACUGGCACCAUGCACAACUGGCACUGGGAGCGAGUGGGGGCCCCGGCCAUGCCAUCCUGUCCUUUGACUACGGGCAGCAGAGGGCAGAAGGCAACCUGGGCCCCCGGCUGCACGGGCUGCACCUGAGCAACAUUACUGUGGGGGGUGCGCCCGGGCCUGCUGGCGGGGUGGUCCGAGGCUUCCGGGGCUGCUUGCAGGGUGUGCGGGUCAGUGAGACGCCUGAGGGCGCCAGCAGUCUGGAUGCCAGCCGUGGGGAAAGCAUCAAUGUAGAGCCCGGCUGUAGCCUGCCAGAUCCCUGCGACUCGAGCCCCUGUCCUGCCAAUAGCUACUGUAGUGAUGACUGGGACAGCUUCUCCUGCAGCUGUGAUCCAGGUUACUAUGGUGACAAUUGUACUAACGUGUGUGACCUGAACCCCUGUGAGCACCAGUCCACAUGCACCCGAAAGCCCAGUGCCCCUCACGGCUACACCUGCGAGUGCCCCCAGAAUUACCUUGGACCAUACUGUGAGACCAGGAUUGAUCAGCCUUGUCCCCGAGGCUGGUGGGGACACCCCACUUGUGGUCCCUGUAACUGUGAUGUCAGCAAAGGCUUUGACCCAGACUGCAACAAGACAAGCGGCGAGUGCCACUGCAAGGAGAACCACUACCAGCCUCCUGGAAGCCCCACCUGCCUCCUGUGUGACUGCUACCCCACUGGCUCUUUGUCCCGUGUCUGUGACCCUGAAGAUGGCCAGUGUCCCUGCAAGCCUGGCGUCAUUGGGCGCCAGUGUGACCGCUGUGACAACCCUUUUGCUGAAGUCACAACCAACGGCUGUGAAGUGAACUAUGACAGCUGCCCACGGGCAAUUGAGGCUGGGAUCUGGUGGCCACGGACCCGCUUCGGGCUGCCUGCUGCUGCCCCCUGCCCCAGGGGCUCCUUUGGGACUGCUGUGCGUCACUGUGAUGAGCACAGGGGGUGGCUCCCCCCAAACCUCUUUAACUGCACGUCCAUCACCUUCUCGGAGCUGAAGGGCUUUGUUGAGAGGCUACAGCGCAAUGAGUCCGGCCUGGACUCAGGGCGCUCCCAGCGGCUGGCCCUGCUCCUGCGCAAUGCCACACAGCACACGGCCGGUUACUUUGGCAGCGACGUCAAGGUGGCUUACCAGCUGGCCACCCGACUGCUGGCUCACGAGAGCGCCCAGCGUGGCUUCGGGCUGUCUGCCACGCAAGAUGUGCAUUUCACUGAGAACCUGCUGCGGGUGGGCAGUGCCCUCCUGGAUGCGGCCAACAAGCGGCACUGGGAGCUGAUCCAACAGACAGAGGGUGGCACGGCCUGGCUGCUGCAGCAUUAUGAGGCCUACGCCAGCGCCCUGGCCCAGAACAUGCGCCACACCUACCUGAACCCCUUCACCAUCAUCACGCCCAACAUCGUCAUCUCUGUAGUGCGCUUGGACAAGGGGAACUUCGCGGGGGCCAAGCUGCCUCGCUAUGAGGCGCUGCGAGGGGAGCGGCCCCCAGACCUUGAGACAACAGUCAUUCUGCCUGAGUCUGUCUUCAGAGAAACACCUCCUGUGGUCAGGCCUGCAGGCCCAGGGGAGGCCCAGGAGCAAGAGGAGCUGGCCCGGAGGCAGCGGCGGCACCCAGAGCUGAGCCAGGGAGAGGCAGUGGCCAGUGUCAUCAUCUACCGCACCCUGGCUGGGCUGCUCCCUCACAACUAUGAUCCUGACAAGCGGAGCUUGAGAGUCCCCAAACGCCCGGUCAUCAACACACCCGUGGUGAGCAUCAGCGUGCAUGACGAUGAGGAGCUGCUGCCCCGAGCCCUGGAAAAGCCGGUUACCGUGCAGUUCCGGCUGCUGGAGACGGAGGAGCGCACCAAGCCCAUCUGCGUCUUCUGGAACCACUCCAUCCUGGUCAGCGGCACGGGGGGCUGGUCAGCCCGAGGCUGUGAGGUCGUCUUCCGUAACGAGAGCCACGUCAGCUGCCAGUGCAACCACAUGACGAGCUUUGCAGUGCUCAUGGACGUGUCCCGGAGGGAGAAUGGGGAGAUCCUUCCACUGAAGACGCUGACAUAUGUGGCUUUAGGGGUCACACUGGCGGCCCUGCUGCUCACCUUCCUCUUCCUCACUGCCCUGCGCACCCUGCGCUCCAACCAGCACGGCAUCCGCCGGAAUCUGACGGCUGCUCUGGGCUUGGCCCAGCUGGUCUUCCUCCUCGGAAUCAAUCAGGCUGACCUUCCUUUUGCCUGCACAGUCAUCGCCAUCCUGCUGCAUUUCCUGUACCUCUGCACCUUCUCCUGGGCACUCCUAGAGGCCCUGCACCUGUACCGGGCGCUGACUGAGGUGCGAGACGUCAACACUGGCCCCAUGCGCUUCUACUAUAUGCUGGGCUGGGGCGUGCCUGCCUUCAUCACAGGUCUAGCGGUCGGCCUUGACCCUGAGGGCUAUGGGAACCCUGACUUCUGCUGGCUCUCCAUCUACGACACCCUCAUCUGGAGUUUUGCCGGUCCUGUGGCCUUUGCCGUCUCAAUGAGUGUGUUCCUGUACAUCCUAGCAGCUCGGGCCUCCUGUGCUGCCCAGCGGCAGGGUUUUGAGAAGAAAGGCCCCAUCUCUGGUCUGCAGCCCUCCUUCGCGGUUCUCCUGCUGCUGAGUGCUGCCUGGCUGCUGGCCCUGCUCUCCAUCAACAGCGACACCCUCCUCUUCCACUACCUCUUUGCCGCCUGCAAUUGUAUUCAGGGCCCCUUCAUCUUCCUCUCCUACGUGGUGCUGAGCAAGGAGGUCCGAAAAGCACUGAAGUUUGCCUGCAGCCGUAAGCCCAGCCCUGACCCUGCUCUGACCACCAAGUCCACCCUGACCUCGUCCUACAACUGCCCCAGCCCCUAUGCAGAUGGGCGGCUGUAUCAGCCUUACGGAGACUCUGCUGGCUCCCUACACAGCGCCAGCCGCUCAGGCAAGAGUCAGCCCAGCUACAUCCCCUUCCUGCUGAGGGAGGAGUCCACUCUGAAUCCUGGCCAAGGCCCCCCCGGCCUGGCAGAUCCCAGUAGCCUGUUCCUGGAGGGUCAAGACCAACAGCACGAUCCUGACACGGACUCUGACAGUGACCUGUCCCUGGAAGACGACCAGAGUGGCUCCUAUGCCUCUACCCACUCGUCAGACAGUGAGGAGGAGGAAGAGGAAGCUGCCUUCCCUGGAGAGCCAGGCUGGGACAGCCUGCUGGGGCCUGGCGCAGAGAGGCUGCCCCUGCACAGUACCCCCAAGGAUGGGGGCCUGGGGCCUGGGAAGGUGCCCUGGCCGGGAGACUUUGGAACCUCAGCCAAGGAGAGCAGUGGUGGUGAAGAGCGGCCAAGGGAGAAUGGAGAAGCCCUUCCCCGAGAGGUGUGCUUGGGCCCCCUUCCGGGCCCUUCCGCUCAACCUCACAAAGGUAUCCUGAAGAAGAAGUGUCUACCCACUAUCAGUGAGAAGAGUAGCCUCCUCCGACUCCCCCUGGAGCAGGGCACAGCUUCCUCCCGGGGCUCUUCAGCCAGCGAGGGCAGCCGUGCCAUGCCCCCACCACGCCCCCCACCCCGCCAGAGCCUCCAGGAGCAGCUGAACGGCGUCAUGCCCAUUGCCAUGAGCAUCAAGGCAGGCACAGUGGAUGAAGACUCAUCGGGCUCUGAAUUUCUCUUCUUUAACUUCCUGCAUUAACCCCGGGCUGCUGGUUCCUACACCCCGAGGCUCCUUUACCUUCCCCAGCUGCACUCAUGCCCACUCCUGUCUUGUGCUUUAUCCUGCCCCUGCUCUCACCACCCACUCGCCUGCCUACUCGGCCGGCCCGCAGCAGCGAUGGAACGUCCAUCUGAGGAGCCUGGGCCUUGCCAGGAGGGAAACUCCCCUCCCACAAGGCCACCUAGUGCCAACUCCCUCCCCUGUCCUGCCCCCCCCACCCCCGUUGCACUUUGGACCCCUGGGGCCAACAUCUCCAAGACAAAGUUUUACAGAAAAGAGAGAGAAAAAAAAUUGAAAAAAAAAAAAGGAUCUCCACUCUUCAUGACUUCAGGGAUUAAUUUUUUUUAUACACUGGAAACUGACUUCCCUUGCCCUUCCCAAAGAGGCUCGGACCUCCCAGGACGCAUCCCAGCCUCUCCUCACGUUCCCAUCUGCUGUGCCUCUGGGAGGAGAGGCUCUGGGGGCCCCUGUCCCCUCAUUUGCCAUCACCAAAAGGAAAGGACAAAGCCACAUGCACCCAGGGCAUGAGCCCUGUGGGCUGCCCCGGACGGCGGGCCUCAGCCUGGUGAGGGCAUCCAGGUGGAGGGCAUGCCUCGCCUCCCAGGAACUGAACAAGCCCUGUCUGGAGAGGGGGCAGAAGGACUCAGCGCCCCUGCCCGGAUCCCCAAAUGCUGCAUGAACACAUUGUGAGGGGAGCCUGUGCCACAGGCGGUGGCCGGGCCUCCCCAGCCCUCUCCUGCCCCUGGACCUUGGCCCUGUGCCACCGCCCAGGCAUUUGCUCAGUUGCUGACCCAAAAGUGCUUCAUUGCCCGGCCAGACCCGCCCAGGAAAGGCCAGUCAUGUGUUAAGUUGCGCUUCUUUGCUGUUGUGUGGGUGGGACGGGAAGGAAAAGGAAGAACUGCAGAGCUGGCUCAGUUGCCCCAAGCGAUCUCAAGCACAGGGUUCAAGUCUGGGUUUUGGUGUCCACUCACCCCUGCUCCCCAAGACUAGAUAAACCCCACUUUGACCUGCUGUGGCCUCUGAGACAUGUUCUAUUUUUAACCCUUUCUUGGAAUUGGCUCUCUUCUUCAAAGGACCAGGUCCUGUUCCUCUUUUUCUGCCCCUCCUGAUACCUUUCCCAGCUCCUUGUGAAGAGAGAGUUAAUAUAUAUUUUUAAUUUAUUUGCUUUUCUGUGUAUUGGGAUGAGUUCCAAGGGGCCUGACGUGGCUAUCACAAGCAGGGUGUGAAUUCAACACUCUGGCGUGGGGGCCCGAGACCCUUCCCCUUCCAUCCAAACUGUCAUCUCCCCACUUCACCCCUCCUCAGUUUUGCCAGCUGCUAUUCAUUUUGAGUCACCAUUUACACCAAGCAUGUGUUCCCAACUGUCCCCAAGUUUCCUCUGGAGCAGGUAGCUGAGCAGUGAGACUGGGCAAAAGAUAUGCUCUUUUUUCUCACUGUCCUCCAGCUCUUCUGCUGUGGACCCCACUCCCCAGCCUCCCCUCCCCCCCAGCCCUCUACCCUCAACAAUUCCUACAAAGGGUUAAAAAUGGAACUGGUUUUUACUACUGAAGACUUGACUUUAAAAACACAAAGAUGCUGGAUGCUAACUUGAUACUAACCAUCAGAUUGUACAGUUUGGCUGUUCCUGUAAAUACAGUAGGGUUUUUGUGUUUGUGUUUUGUUUUGUUUUUCAUUUCCCCAUACUACUGAAUAAACUAGUUCUGUGCCGGUUG